UAAAGCUGACACGUAGAGGAAGAAGCUGCACGAACGUGUAGCCCUUGAGAAGAAAGCAGUCGUCGGUCGAUUAAGUUUUUUAGCUCUUCAACCCAAUCCGUCACGGAUUCAUUAGGGAGAGAGCGAGAGUGAUGGAAGAGAUCAGGUCUUCGCCACCGCCGGCGGAAGCCUCGGCUAAGAGAAAACCACGAUCGUCAGCAGCAACGUCAAGAAUGAAGAAGGACUGCUUGUGGUUCUCAACUUCGAUGCAAGAGGGUUUUAGCUAUGUCAAAGCCUCCUUCACAGGCCUGGCGAAGAAGAUGACGGCAAGGAACGAGAGAGAAGCGAGUGAAGCAGACCUAAAGGCUGCCAAGAUGCAGGUCGAAGCUGCUGAUGCUGCCGAGGAAACAAAAAAGAGACUUGAAAAAACUAUGUAAUAUAUUGUGCAUAACUAUUUAUAUCCAAAUGCUAAGUUAAAUGUACUUUUGCGGGCUUAAUACCCUUAUAUAUGCAUGUAUGCAGAUGUUAAUUUGCCUAUUAUAUGGACCUUGGGUACCUUUUCACUAUGUUA